AAUUUGGAAAGCUUGUUGACAAUGAAUCUGUCCCAUAAUAACCUCUCUGGUGUUGUUCCCAAGACUUUUGAUCACCUUCGUGGCUUGGAGUUCGUUGACAUAUCGUACAAUCGAUUAUCGGGUUUAAUUCCAGAAAACAAAGCAUUUCAAGAAGCUCCUAUAGAAGCAUUGCAAGGGAAUCAAGGUCUGUGUGGCAACGCUACAGCUUUACAGCCCUGCAGUAAGACACAUGGCAAAAUGAAGCUCGUGUACUUGGUAUUCCCACCUGUGGUAGGAGUACUUGUACUUCUUUUCUGUGGAGUUUUUUUCACUUACAGAAAAAAAAAGAGAUGUCAACAAACAGAUGAAGAGGCCAUGCAGCCUAAGGAAUUUGAACUUCGUUCAGUGUCAAUUUUUGAAGGAAAAUUGUUGUAUGAAGAAAUUGUAAAAGCAACUGAAGAUUUUAAUGAUGCUUAUUGCAUUGGAAAGGGAGGCGUUGGAACUGUAUACAAGGCAAAGCUUCCAUCUGAUGAGUUGGUAGCAGUAAAGAAACUCCACUGUGAUGGUGUGAGGAGCUUUGAAAAAGAGUUCUUAAACGAGGUGAUGGCAUUGACUGAGAUACGCCAUCGGAAUGUUGUGAAACUUUAUGGCUUCUGUUCACAUUCACGACACUCGUUUUUGGUCUAUGAGUACCUUGGGAGGGGUAGCUUGUUCUCAAUCUUGUGUAAUGAAGAAGCAGCCAAGCAAUUGGAUUGGAGCAAGAGGGUAAAUAUCAUCAAAGGUGUGGCUGAUGGCCUAUCAUACAUGCACUCUGAUGUAUCACCACCAAUUGUUCAUCGAGACAUAACCAGCAAGAACAUUUUGCUAGAUGCAGAAUAUGAGGCUUGCAUUUCGGACUUUGGCACUGCUAAGCUGCUAGAGAUUGAUGCAUCUAACUGGACUGCUGUUGCAGGCACAUUCGGAUAUGUGGCACCAGAGCUUGCUUAUACAUUGAAGGUGACCGCGAAAUGUGAUGUGUACAGCUUCGGAGUGUUGGCACUAGAAGUAAUGAAUGGGAAGUACCCGAGUGAUCUAAUCCGGUCUUUGUUGUCACCAGCUGCAAUCAGAGAAGGAAAUUUGCCUGAAGAUGUGUGGGACGGCCGCCUUGAACCUCCCAUGGGUAAAACUCUAGAGGAACUUGUUACUGUCUUAAUGCUAUCUGUCGCAUGCCUACAUCCAAAUCCACAGUUUAGGCCUACCAUGUAUGAUGUUUCUCAGAUUAUAACAAUGCAGAUCUCUCAGACAGACUUAGACAAAUACAAGACUCAAUCUGUAUUUGUUAUUUAGGGAGCAGAAUCUGAACUUGGUUCUUCUUUGCAUAAG